AUGGCAGACGGAAACCCUCUCGGUCCGCAGCCAGACUUCAAUCUCAUUAGUGAUGAGCUCAAGAAAGCACAAAAUCUACCUGCAAUCACCAACGGUCAACAAAUUUUAGCCGAGCUCCGAGCUAUUCGUCAAGACAUCGCAAGUACGCGUCAAGACACUCGUCAAGACAUCGCAAGUACGCAUCAAGACACUCGUCAAGACAUCGCAAAUACUCGUCGAGAUCUUAUUACUAUGAUGACUACAUCCAAUCAUAAUAAUACAGCUCGAGUUCAGAAUGCCUACGUUGCAAGCCGAUCGGAACCUCUUUGGCCAUUCCUCAACCCCUCUAACGGUGCCACCAUUCACGAAUUCCCUGCUACAUCUAUAGAACUUGGGCAAAUGACCGGACGGCAAACGGAUGCUACCUUACAACAACUGGGUCUUCAACCUGUUCAUGGUGUAAGUUUGGCAGCGAAGAAGAAAAUGUUAAGAGCUCACAUCGGCUUGAGGGAGGUCGCUGCCCAACCACCUCCAUGA